UCUCUUUGUUUUCUUUCUAUUGUGUGUCUCACUCGCUUUGCUAUUGCUUCAUUUACGAUUCACUCUCUCUAUAAAAACACGCUAUUACUUCAAAACCCCUUUCAAGAUCUGAAAUAACUCUCAUGGAACGUCGUAAAGAGAAAAAUGGUCCUUGGCUAUCAGUGCCACAAUUUGGGGACUGGGAUCAGAAGGGCGAAGUGCCGGACUACUCGCUUGAUUUCUCAAAAAUACGAGAAACUAGGAAGCAGAACAAGUCAAACAUUUCCAGGGCAAGCCUUGGUAAUGAAGAAGAGUUCAUGGAUUCAAGCUCCAACAGCGUCAACACUGGCCAUAGCAGUGAGCCCCACCACCCCCAAUACCAUCAAACCCACUCUCCAACUGCAAGGAAGAGCUUCCUCAGUUAUUUCAAUUGUUGUGUGAAAGCCUAAUAUUUAAGGGCAAAUGCAACCUUUCUCUUGUUUUCUGAAGAUUUCUGGAUAGGAACAGUUAUGCUUCUCUGUUCAUUUGGUGAUGAAUACUUAGCUGUCGCUCUUGAAU